AUGUCGUCUCCUCAAAUCCCCGAGAAGCAAUGGGCUCAGGUCAUCGAGAAGACUGGCGGCCCACUCGAGUACAAGCAGAUCCCCGUCCAGAAGCCUGGUCCUGAUGAGGUCCUCGUCAACGUUAAGUACACCGGUGUCUGUCACACUGAUCUUCACGCCUUGAACGGUGACUGGCCUCUCCCAACUAAGCUUCCUCUUGUUGGCGGCCACGAAGGAGCUGGUGUCGUUGUUGCCCGCGGUCAGCUCGUCUCCGAGGUGAACAUUGGUGACCAUGUUGGUAUCAAGUGGAUCAAUGGUACUUGCCUUUCUUGCGACUUCUGCAUGCAGUCAGACGAGCCUCUGUGCGCCAAGGCUCAAUUGUCCGGAUACACUGUCGAUGGUUCCUUCCAACAGUACGCUAUCGCUAAGGCCGCACAUGUUGCCAGACUUGACAAGAACGUUCCUCUGGACGGUGUUUCACCAGUUCUGUGUGCCGGUAUCACUGUCUACAAGGGCAUCAAGGAAUCUGGUGCUCGCCCUGGCCAGACAGUAGCCAUUGUUGGUGCUGGUGGUGGUCUCGGUUCUCUCGCUCAGCAGUACUGCAAAGCCAUGGGUAUCCGCACCAUCGCCAUCGAUGCUGGUGACGACAAGAAGAAGAUGUGCGAGGAGCUGGGCUCUUAUGCAUUCGUCGACUUUAGCAAGAGCCAGAACGUUGUCAAGGAUGUCCAGGCUGCCACUGAAGAUGGUCUUGGUCCCCACGCUGUCAUCCUCCUCGCCGUCUCCGAGAAGCCCUUCCAACAAGCCGCUGAGUACGUCCGUCCCCGUGGUACCGUUAUCUGCAUUGGUCUGCCCGCCGGUGCCUCCCUCAAGGCCCCUGUCUUUGAGUCAGUCAUCAGAAUGAUCACCAUCAAGGGUUCAUACGUCGGCAACCGCAGAGACACCGCCGAAGCCCUCGACUUCUACGCCAAGGGUUUGAUCAAGGCACCCUUCAAGGUCGUUGGUCUUUCGGAACUGCCCAAGGUCUUUGAGAUGAUGGAGAAGGGACAGAUCGCUGGUCGCUAUGUCCUCGAUACCUCAAAGUAA